AUGGCUGAAAUCGAUUUUCCUCUCGGAGGAGCCGAAGGUCUCCCGGAUGGAGAGGGGUCUGAGGUGCCAACGAAUGGAAAAGUAUACGAAUUCCUCCGUUCAAUUGUAAACCGUUUAGUCGAUGAUUGGUGUCCUGGAAAUUGUCAAUCGUUGAUUGAAGAGAAAGAAUAUAUUGAGUUGUGUUAUAGGGCAAGAGAAGCAUUUUGGAUGGAUAGGGUUUGUUUAGAGAUUGAACCAUCGAUAACUAUAUGUGGAGAUAUUCAUGGACAGUUUGAGGACUUGUGUCAGCUAUACCUGUUCCUCGGCGACUACGUGGACCGUGGACCAUUUUCCAUUGAAACGAUAUCUCUCCUAUUCGCACUUCGUCUUCUUUAUCCUGAUAAGAUCUUUCUUCUUCGUGGAAAUCACGAGUCUCGUGCAGUCAACACUCAAUAUGGUUUCUAUUUCGAGUGCACCAGAAGAUUCUCUAUCAAUUUGUAUGAAGCAUUUCAAUAUGCAUUCAAUUGUAUGCCAAUUUGUGCAACUGUCGGAAAACGGAUCGUGUGUAUGCAUGGUGGGAUUUCAGAAGAUUUACGAGAUCUUGCACAACUCGAAACAUUAGAACGUCCAUUCGAUAUCCCGGAUAUAGGUGUCAUGUCUGAUUUGUGUUGGGCUGAUCCAUCAAACUGUGUCGAUGAAGGAAUGUAUGCUGACUCUCCACGAGGCGCCGGACGUAUUUUCGGGCCAGCGGCUCUCGAUGAAUGGUUGGAAACUCUUAAUGUGGAUAUGGUUGUUCGUGCUCAUCAAAUCGUCAUGGACGGUUAUGAGUUCUUUUCCAACAAGAAACUCGUCACCAUUUUCUCUGCUCCAAGUUAUUGUGGACACUUUGAUAAUUUGGGUGCAGUAAUGCAUGUCUACAAGAAUAUGGAAUGCUCAAUCAAUUGCUACGCUGAUGAGAAGAUUUACAAGAACCGACUUGAUGCGUUUAAUAAAAAAGAAGCCAAAUCGCAUAUGGCCUAG